AUGGAUGGUCAACUUGGCACUAACAGAGAGGACACACCUGAUGAAAAUUCUAUUGGUGGAGUUUAUAACCUAGCACCCCACCUAUUGAAUAAGUUUCCCGAAUUGCACUCACUUGAAGGAAAAGGAUCAAUUAAGAUACAUGCUGCCAAAGCAGGAGAAAAGAUGUCUAUGGUUAUUGAUAAUCGUGACACCUUCUGGAUGUGGAGAAACUACCCACAAGAAAGCAAAGGUGAAUUCUCUCUUCUAAGUAGUUUCAUUCCAAUGCCAAUACUGGCCUUUCAUGGCCUUAAUGUUGCCAAGGUUGCAUGUGGAAAUGAGUAUAUUGUAGCAUUGGUUAGUACCGAAGAAUCAAACAAUGGUGAAGAUUUGGUUUGCUACUCUUACGGUUUUAACAACCAUGGCCAGUUAGGAUUGGGGAAUAGGGAGAACAUGGCACAUCCAGAAGUUGUGAAAACAUUUGAUGAGGAGUCCCCUUGGACAAUUUAUGACAUAGCAUGUGAUGCUGCUCACACUGCCUUGCUCACUCGCAAAAAGAAAUCUACCGAGUUAGAAAGCAAGUACUGGACUUUUGGCCUUGGGGAUAAUGGCCAACUCGGGCAUGGAACAACCCAAAGCGCAUUAUUUCCUACCCCUGUUCAAGACUUGCCGCAAGAUAUAUCUCUUAUUGGUAUCGAUUGCGGCUUGUUUUAUACAAGUGUGGUUUCCUCAUCAGGGGAUGUGUUGUCAUGGGGAAUGGAGAAGGGUCUUGGCUUAUGCCCUGAUGUUGGUUGUGGUUCAUCAGAUUCAAGUGAUGCCCUCUCACCCUUGCGUAAACUGUGUGUUUCAUACCAACCUAAGUUUCCAGAUCCGGUUCAAGUUGCAUGUGGAGCUGCACAUGCUGUUAUUGUUGUGCGGGAUGGAUAUAAUGUGUGGUCUUGGGGUAGGGGGCGAUGUGGAGUUCUUGGAACCGGUAACGAAUUGGAUUGUUAUACCCCCUACCAAGGUGCGGUGAAGGGCAGUCACUACAAUUAUUUUAAGUGGGUUGAUGAUGAUGACUAUCAAGUAGUGGAUGUAUGUGGUACAAAGAAAGAUGCAGGAACUGAUAUGGAGGUUGAAAGUGACUAUGAUGAAUGGAGGGUGAAGGUGGCAUGGAAAUUGGGCAGUUUAGAAGUUGAAGUUAGAGAUUUGAAACUGCUAAUAAUUUUGAUGUUUGGAGUAGUUGUGAUACUCUAUUGUUUGUUAUGUACUUCUAAAUAA